UAUUCAGCCCUAGUGCAAAACACAUUUUCGCAAAUUCGCCAGAAGUCGUUUUGUGCGCUCGUGCUUCGGCGGCAUUAAAUACUUACUCCUUGAUUUUGCUGAAGUGGCCAAUUGAUUUAAUAGAACAGCAUUAAUAUGGAGCCUUUGCUCGAGCAAAUAAUCAACGGUCUGCUGUGCACGGACACUCAACGCAUUCGCGAGGCCACCAAUGAGCUAGCCAAGGCCCACGAAAAUCCGGCCACGUUGCCUGCCCUGUGUCAGAUUGUGGUGUCCAAGCGUGAGCCGCAAGUGCGCCAAUUUGCCGCUGUGCUGCUGAACAAGCGGCUCCAGAAACUCCGAAACUGGCAGAUGGUGCCGGCCGAGCAAAAGGAAAGCAUUAAGACGGGCAUGCUCCAGGCAAUGAUAGCUGAACAGGAAAAAUCGGUAAAGAAUGCAAUUGCUCAGUUAAUUGGGUCACUGGUGCGGCACGAGGAGGAGAAGAAGGACUCAUGGCUGGCUGAACUGUUGAACUUCACCUACAGCCAUUGUAGUGUUGAUGAUCCCAAGGAGAGCGAGCUGGGAUCCUCGAUCUUUGCCACACUGAUCGAUGCUGCACCCGAUCAGUUUAUCAGUCACAUGGACUCAAUUUGCCAAAUGUGUGCCGCUGUGCUUAUGGCCGCCGAGGCAAAGGGAGACUUAGCCACGCCCACCGUCGUUAACAUAACAAUGGGAAUGGUCUCGCUGAUGCCCUUUGUGCCCGGCCACGCAAGCGCCGAGCAAACGGUGAUAAAACUAUUGCCACUAAUUAUCAAGACAGUUUCUGCGUUUGCCCAGAAAGGUGACGCACAUGAGUUCUCGCUAGUUUUCGAUGUCAUCGACAACAUUGCCGAAUAUGCACCGAAACUGCUUAAUAACAAUGUGAAGCAGUUGGUCGAGUUCUGUCUGGAGACGGCCAACAAUAAGCAGAUUGAUGAUUCGAUUCGUGUUCAGGUGCUCACAUUUAUUGGUCGUGUGGCACGCAUCAAGAAGAAGGUGAUUGUCAAACAGAAGCUGCUUGAGCCCAUAUUGGCCGUUAUCUUUGAAAUGAUGUGCGUCGAAACUGAUUUGGAAGAUGAUGAAUACUUUUCGGAAAGCAAUCAUCCCGUGACAUCGGCAACUCAAACACUUGAUUUGCUGGCCAUCAAUAUGUCACCGGAAAAGCUCAUACCACCAAUGCUGCAGUUGCUCGAGCCGGCAUUGCAGAAUCCUGACCCAUUGCGUCGUCGUGCCGCAUUCCUGUGCAUCGCUGUCAUUGCCGAGGGCUGUGCAGAGGCUAUUUGUAACAAGUAUUUGGAAGUAAUGCUGAGCAUCAUCAAGAGCGGCAUUGUCGACAGUGAGACACCGGUGCGCGCUGUCGCCUUCUAUGCCCUGGGCCAGUUCUCCGAGCAUCUGCAGCCAGAAAUAACGAAGUUUGCGUCCCAGAUUCUGCCAGUCCUAUUUGAUUUUCUACAUCAGUUGGUUGUUGAGCUAAAGCUGGGCCACCCGGAACCGAAGCACACUCAACGUAUGUUCUAUGCUUUGGAGACGUACUGCCAGAAUCUGGAGGAGGACAUUGUUCCCCAUUUGCCGAUACUGAUGGAAUGUCUAUUCGAGACGCUGGAUCCCACGUAUUCGGCGCAUUUGCGUGUGAUGUCUCUGUCGGCCAUCUCAGCGGUUGCUGUCGCCGCCAAGGAGCAUUUGAUGCCAUAUUUUCCCAAAAUUGUUACCAUACUCCAGGUGUAUUUGGUCAAGGAGUGCGCCGAGGAUUUGACAGAGUUGCGCAACGAGGCAAUCGAUACACUAGCAUCCAUUUCACGUGUCGUGGGCAAAGAAAACUUUCUGCCCAUUGCCAAUGAUACGAUGGCCUAUUGCCUGAUGAUGCUGGAGGAGGGGCCAAAUGAUCCAGAUCUUAGGCGUGCUAUUUACAAUCUAACAGGUGCCCUGUCCAUUGUGGUCAACGAGAGCAUGUCGAGCGUGUUCCCCAAGAUCAUGGAUCGCGUUAUAGAAACGGUCAUUUCUUCGGAGGACACAGUCCCAAUUUUAAAUGCCGCUGUCCCGAAACACAUUUUCUUCGAUGAGAACGGAGACAGAAAGGAUGUUGAGAAUGACAUUGACUUGGACAACACAGAUGACGAAGAUGACAAUGAUGAUGAUGAGUAUCAGGUGGAAAAUGAUUAUUUGUACGAAAAGGAGGAAGCCAUUGUUGCCCUCAAAGAUUUUGCCGCUAACACGGGCACCGCCUUUGUUCCCUAUCUGCAAAUGGCCUUUGAGAACGUGUAUAAGGUUAUCGAUCAUCCGCAUGAGAUCAUACGCAAGGUUGCCAUCGAGGCAAUCUCUGCGUUCGUAAUUGCUUUGCACAAAAUGGGCGACGUCGAUGGUGUGACACGCGCCUGCUCGGUUGUCAUGCCCAAAUUUGCACAGAUCAUGCGUGAAGAUGAGGAUCAAAGUGUCGUCAUCCAUUUGCUGGACGUACAAGGCGAACUAUUCAAUGCAGUGGGACGUCCAGCAGUGCCCACGCAGGUGAUUGCCGAUCAGAUCUUUGCCUGCAUCAGAGAUGUGCUAAACACCAAAAUGGCUUGCCAGUUUACUGAGCAAGGCGGUGGCGGUGACGAGGAAGACACCGAGGACAGUGAGUCUGAUGAAAUGCUACUCGAGGGUGCCGGUAAUCUGUUCCCGGCAUUUGGCAAAGCGCUCACUCCGGAAAUAUUCUCCAUGUACUUUGGACGUCUCUGUCAGUACUACUUGACCAAGCUGAGCAAGGCAAAGCGAAGUGAAGCGUCCUCGCAGCGCAGUUUUGUGUAUGGCGCACUAGCCGAAUCCUUCGCCUCUCUGGGCAACUGUGUGGUCACAUACUUUGAUACGCUGUGCCCCAUCUUUAUUGCCGGCGUAACCGAUCCCGAUCCAAUGGCUCGCCAGAACUGUUACUUUGGGCUGGGCGAGCUUGUUUUGUUUGCCGAGGAGAAGUCAUUUGAAUCUUUUCAGGUUAUUUUGCAAGCUCUUUCGAGUGCCAUUGCCUCGGAGACACAAGCAUCGGCCUUGGACAACAUUUGCGGAGCAGUUGCCCGAUUAAUUGUUACCAAUUACAAUAUGGUGCCGCUUGCGCAAGUUUUGCCAGUUUUUCUCUCGCAUUUGCCACUUCGCGAAGAUACGCCUGAGAACGAUAUGGUGAACAGAGCCUUCCGCGUUCUUUACAUGCAUGCCCGUGAAGCCAUUGUGGACCAUCUGGAACAGAUCCUCGCAAUCACCAUCGAUGUAUUAUACAAGAAGCAAAUGCCCGACGAAGAGAGCAAAGUCAACGCAAUUGCCCUCGUCAAGGAUAUACGCGAGCAAUAUGCGGACAAGUUCAACAAUGUGGCGAACUCAAAUCCGGAAGUCUACGCCUUCCUCCAGACUCUGUAAGCCUCGCACGGCAACCAGUUAAGCAUCAUCUAUUGGCCGUGACAAAAUAGUUACCCACACAAUUAUAAGUCGCACACACAAUUUGAUCGUGAAGAUAACAAACGCAACUUGAUGAAUUCCAAUGCAUUCAAGAGAAAACAAAAACUAAAACCGAAAUUACAUAUUUGAAAUGAGUUUCCCAGUGAAGUCAAAAUUUUCUAACAUUGUUAUUGCCCCAAUAAAUGGAAUGUAUGAAUAGCGAAUAGUCUGAAAUAAAUAUACGAAAUCUAAACGAA